UUUUCAAAAAAACACACUCAAUGGCUACAAAUCCUUAUAUAUCGACCUUACUCCCAUCCUCAUUCUCAUCACAACACCAUAAUUAUCAAAAUACAAAAUUUAACACAAUUAAAACAAGAAGAGUCUCAAUUACAUGUGCCGCUCUUCAAUCUUCUCCAUUACUUCAAUUUUCAUCAUCAACUAUUGAUCAACAAGAUCCUCCUCACCAUCCAUUGCAAUGGAACUUUUUACAAAGAGCAGCGGCAACCGCAUUGGAUAUGUUCGAAAGCGUAUUAGUGUCACGUGAAACCGAGUUUCCUUUACCAAAAACUUCGGAUCCACGUGUACAAAUAGCUGGAAACUUUGCUCCGGUACCUGAACAGUCAGUUAAGCAUAACUUAACUGUAAUUGGUUCUGUACCAGAGUGUAUACAAGGUGUAUAUGUUCGCAAUGGUGCGAACCCUUUAUUUGAACCAGUAGCCGGACACCAUCUGUUUGAUGGUGACGGUAUGGUUCACGCCGUUAGUAUCAACGGGAACUCCGUUAGUUAUUCAUGUAGACUAACGGAGACUCAAAGACUUGUUCAAGAAAGAGAGUUAGGUCGACCGGUUUUCCCAAAAGCAAUAGGUGAACUUCAUGGACAUUCGGGUGUGGCUCGUCUUGGUUUGUUUUACGCUCGUUCGUUGUUCGGUUUGGUUGAUCAUAGCCAAGGAAUGGGGGUCGCGAACGCCGGUUUGGUUUACUUUAACAACCGCUUGCUCGCCAUGUCCGAAGACGAUUUACCGUAUCAAAUAAGAAUCACGCCGUCAUCCGAUGUGGAAACCGUCGGGCGGUAUGAUUUCUCGGAGCAGCUUACGUCAACCAUGAUAGCCCACCCGAAGCUAGACCCGGUUUCUGGAGAGAUGUUUGCGUUAAGCUAUGACGUCGUAAAGAAGCCGUAUCUUAAGUACUUCAAGUUCUCAAAAGAUGGAAAGAAGUCACAGGAUGUCGAGAUCCCACUCGACAUCCCGACAAUGAUGCAUGAUUUCGCGAUAACCGAAAACUUUGUGGUGGUUCCGGACCAACAAGUAGUGUUCAAGCUUCAAGAAAUGAUCAAAGGCGGAUCACCCGUGAUUUACGACAAGAAUAAGAUGUCGAGGUUCGGGAUUCUAUCCAAGAACGCGAAAACAUCCGAUGAUAUGAUUUGGGUGGAUUCGCCCGAAACGUUUUGUUUUCAUUUAUGGAACGCGUGGGAAGAACCCGAAACGAAUGAAGUUGUUGUGAUCGGUUCAUGCAUGACGCCAGCAGACUCGAUAUUUAACGAAUGUGACGAGAAUUUAAAGAGCGUGUUAUCAGAAAUCCGAAUCAACUUAAAGACUCGUGAAUCAACCAAACGUUCAAUCAUUCAAGAAUCCGAACAAGUGAACCUUGAAGCCGGGAUGGUGAACCGUGACAAACUAGGUCGUAAAACGAGGUUUGCGUACCUUGCCAUUGCCGAACCCUGGCCUAAAGUUUCGGGUUUUGCCAAAGUCGACUUGGUUACAGGAGAAAUCAAGAAGUUUUUUUACGGUGACGAGAGGUACGGAGGUGAGCCGUUUUUUCUUCCAAGUGACCCGAACUCGGAAAGAGAGGAUGAUGGAUAUGUUUUGGCAUUUGUUCAUGACGAGAAGACGUGGAAGUCGGAACUACAGGUGAUAAACGCGAUGACUUUGGAGAUGGAAGCUUCCGUGAAGCUUCCAUCUCGAGUUCCGUAUGGGUUCCAUGGAACCUUUAUAACUUCAAAAGAUUUAGCACAACAAGCAUAGUAGUAAAAACCAAGGGGUACGUCUUUUUUGCGUUGCUGCUUAUUUACCACAUGCUUUUGGAAUAAGCAGUUUCACGUACGAACGUAUUAUACUAACACACACACACACAAAUACACACACCGAUCAGUGUACGUGUAUAUAUAUGUAUAGCUGUUAAAAGAGGUUAGAUUAUGAGAGAUCAUUCAGAGGGAUGACGCAUCCCCGAAAUCUCCUAAGCCUUCUUAGCUUUUACAGACUUGGAUCAUCAUAUAUAGAUUUUUUUAUAAACUUUACUAUGGGUAAAUUAGUAUGUACGGUUUGUAAAUUGAACCAAGCAUGUAGCUUUUGGAAUGAAGCUCAGCUGGUUUUUGUUGUUAAUAUUGUCAGAUUUCAGUUAUUGUAGAAAUUAAAUCUUGUUUUGAAAUUGUUUUCUUUA